AUGCGGAAAUGUAAAGUGUUUGUCGGUCUGUCCCACCCAGAGUUGGGCAAGCUUGUGUGUGACCGGUUGGGUGUCAGCCCUGCGCCUUGCACGCUCAAGAAGUUCUCCAAUGGUGAGACUUCGGUGCAAAUUGGUGUCUCUGUGAGAGAUGAGGACGCCUACAUCAUCCAGAGCGGGUCCCCUCAGAUCAAUGAUCACAUAAUGGAGCUUUUGAUUUUGAUUUCCGCCUGCCGUGGCGGCUCUGCUUCGAAGAUCACUGCCGUGAUUCCGCAAUUUCCUUACUCGAAGCAGCUGAAGAUGAAGAAACAUCGUGGUGCUAUCACGGCUAGGAUGUUGGCCAAUUUGAUCAUCAUGGCUGGCGCAGACCAUGUGGUGUCGAUGGACUUGCACGCUUCGCAAAUGCAAGGCUUUUUCACCAAACCCGUGGACAAUUUGUACGGAGCACCCACGUUGGCAAGGUGGAUCCGUCACAACAUCGCUGACUGGGAGAACGCGGUUGUGGUGUCCAAGAACCCAGGAGGAACGAAAAGAGUCACGGCGUUGGCAGACUCCUUGAAGAUCAAUUUCGCCAUGAUCCACACGGACAGACGUAGAACGCAAGACAAGUUCACGAAAUCCAAGAAGCCCUUGGCCCACUCGCAGGACGACAACAUUGUCAGUGAGAUGCAGACUGCUAGGGUCGUCAAGGGACAUGUUGUUGAUGACGACUACGAGCAGGAAAACGGGCCGCUGGCCAGCAACUCGUCGGAAAGAGGCACUGAAAUUCCUAAUAGCGACGCCUUGGGCGGCACUUUUGAUGCUACCAAUUCGGAUGAUGAGGAUGAGCCUACAGCUAUUGCUCAGGAGAAAUUAAUUACUCUUGUUGGUGACGUCAACAACAAGGUGGCUAUAAUCUUGGACGACAUGAUCGACAAGCCUAACUCUUUCAUUGCCGCUGCCGAGCACUUGCGCUUGAACUGUGGCGCCAGAGCGGUGUACGUUGUGGGUACUCACGGCUUAUUUAGUGAUACGUGUCUUGAGGAGUUAAAUGCUUCAAAGUGCAUCGACAAGAUAGUUGUCACCAACACUUACAGGGUGAGUGAAGAGAGACAGAGGAGUAACGAAAAGUUGGUUGUCAUUGAUGUAUCCCCAAUCUUCGCUGAGUGUAUCAGAAGAGACCACUUUGGUGAGUCUAUCUCUGUUUUGUUUGACUCGUUGGCUGCAAUUGAAUAA